AUGGCUCCUACAGGAAUCGCUAUCCUCGGCUCAGGAAUUUUUGCCAGAGAGGCCCAUCUACCAGCUAUCGCAGUUGUAGGCAGUUCAAUUGUGACUCUCAAGGCCAUUUACUCUAGAUCGGAGAAGAGUGCCGCUGCGCUAGCUUCUGAUGCCCAGGCGACUUUGAAGUUGGGCGAAAAACCAGACGUUUAUUUUGACGACGAUGCAUCCAAGAACCUCGAUGUCCUUCUCGCAAGAUCCGACAUAUCCGCUGUCAUCGUCGUCCUCCCAAUUACGACUCAGCCAAGUAUCAUCCUCAAGGCGCUCAGUGCGGGAAAACACGUCCUGAGCGAGAAGCCUGUCGCGCCAGACGUUGCAUCCGGCUUGAAGCUGAUCGAGGAGUACGAGACAACAUACAAGCCGAAAGGGCUAAUCUGGCGUGUGGCAGAAAACCAUGAGACGGAAUCAGGAUAUCAAGCCGCUGCGCAAGCGGUCAAGGAGGGAAAAAUCGGCAAAAUCACCUAUUACAACGCACGAGUUGUCAACUUCGUAGAUAAGGCGUCCAAAUGGUACAACACGCCAUGGCGGACUAUUCCUGACUAUCAGGGUGGCUUCUUGCUUGACGGCGGUGUGCACACUGUCGCUGCUCUGCGAACAAUCAUGCCGAGCCCCCUUAAAACGUUGUCUGGUUUCGCAUCAUUGAGUAAGGAAUGGCUGGCACCUCACGACACUAUAAACGCAGUCGUUAAGUCAGCUGAUGGAGCCCACGGAAUCGUCGAACUGACCUGGGGAGCACCAACUGCAUCCCGUUCCGAGAAAGCCUUCAACGGUAUCACGAUUACUGGCACCGAGGGAUGGUUGUCCGUGAAUCAGGUCAAGGUUAUUGACGGUUCCCGUCCUGUAGGUGGCCUUCGCGUCACGAUAAGAACGGUGAAGCGUGACCAAGAUGGGAAGGAGAUCGGAGAGACAGAGGAGAUCAUUGACAAGGAGACGGACGGAGUGCCGAACGAGAUCCGCUUCUUCAUCAAUGCCAUCUUGGGCUCUGACAACGGGCUGGGUUCACCCGCAGGGGCCCUCAAGGAUGUGGCGUUCAUCCAAGCAGGGUUGAAUAGCAACGGGUCACCUAUUGAUUUAGAGAAUCUAGUUGCACAGUGA